GGGAGUCCAUGUGGGCGCCGGCGCGGCACUGAGCAGCGCGGGGUCGCCAUGGCGGAGCUGCAGCAGCUCCGGGUGCAGGAGGCGGUGGACUCUAUGGUGAAGAGUCUGGAGAGAGAGAACAUCCGGAAGAUGCAGGUAGCGGGUCGGGGGCCGACCCGGGGGGAGCCAAGGCGGUCCGGGAUUCCUGGCCCCUUCCCGCAGCCGCCGCACGAUCCCCAGCGCCACUGCCUCCCUCCCCGCAGACCCGGGUCGGGGUGUCCCUGGGGUCGUCGCGGCGUCCUCGGAAGCUCGGCUCACCCUCAGACAGAACUUCUGGAGCUUCGGCUGAGCGGAUGAAAUCUGUGCUCCCUCGCCAUGCGCAAGGCCGUUUGGCCCCCAGGCCAGGCCGGGGGAGGGGGUGUCCCCUGGCCAGGGUUAAGAAGACCCUGGUGUAAGAUGUUCGGCCUCCCCGACCUUCCCCACUUGCGGGGCCCCUUCUGCAGGUGAGCAGCCAGAGGCCCGGAAAGAGCACGGCCAGCGUGAAAGACCGGAAAGGGGACUGCGCUCGGCCUCCUCCAUGGCCAGGUCAUGCCCGGUUCUGUUGCACCGAACCUGGCUCCACGCAGCGCUGGCUUAUAUGCUGUUCCGCUUUGAUCUCCUAAAUGUUUUGUGGCUGCUGGUCCUGCUUCCCUAACCGGAUUGUGGGUUUUCCUUGUAAAGGUGCCCCUGGAGUCAGUGGACCAGUUGCCCCCUGUUGGAAUGUAGGUUACUAGAUUGCUGACCUCUGAACCCUGUGGUUUAGGCACCAGGUUUUCAGAACUUGGCUUCAUCUGACCCUCCACCACCUUCCCUGUCCACCCAACCUUCGAUUCAACAAGUGCCAAUGAGCUAGCGGCAAGGAGGCUGUGAAACACUACGCUAGGCACCGAGGAUAAUGUUCCCGUUCGUGGUUUUAAGGUCCUGAUGUCUAUUCUAAGGAGAGGGCCUCAUGUUCCGGUGCAGCGCCGGCUGUUGUGAGGACAGCCAGGCGUCCAUGCAGCAAGUGCACCAGUGCAUUGAGCGCUGCCAUGCACCUCUGGCUCAAGCCCAGGCCCUGGUGACCAGCGAGUUGGAGAAGUUCCAGGACCGCCUGGCCCGGUGCACUAUGCAUUGCAACGACAAAGCCAAAGAUUCAAUCGAUGCGGGGAGUAAAGAGCUUCAGGUGAAGCGGCAGCUGGAGAGUUGCGUGACCACGUGUGUGGAUGACCACAUGAACCUCAUCCCAACCAUGACCAAGAAGAUGAAGGAGUCUCUCUCAUCCAUUGGGAAAUAGAUGUCUGCUAUUGGCCAUCGGGGCUGAAGGCAGGAAUCUAUUUAAAAAGAGAAAUGGGGAUUUGGGUUUUCUAAAGAAAGUUUAUGAAUGAGGAAAUUAAGGACGGCAGCAAGUUUAAGGCCUAUAUCACUUGCCUCUGGACACUGGUUCCUUUGUGUUUGAAACCUAGAAACUGAAAAAACCUGGUGCUAAAGUUGGGGUCAGAGAUAGCACAGGAGAGUUUUUGUGAGCCUGAAUUUCACGUGGCAAGUGCUUAUCCUGGCAACAGGGAGUCUCCCUUGUACCAAACCAGAGCCCUCCAAGGUACCAGAUUCUCUUAGUACACAGAUACCAACAGGCUGGCAGGUUCAUCUGACCUGCUUAUGAUCUGGUGGAGUGUGAGGAGAGAUGUUUCUAUUUGUUGCCAACCUCCUGUUUACCAGAAGGAUCACUACAACAUUUUCCACAAACUGGAAAUAAAACAAAAUCCAUGAGGUCACUAAUUUAGAAGGGGAAAGGGGGCUUCUGGGGAUUUGUUUUGCGUGGUUUUGUUUUAUAUGCAAGGGCAUGAAGCUACUUUAAGAUAUAGAGUUGGGAGAGGUAGUUUCGAUAAAAACUUUGAAAGGGUCCUUGUGGAUAUUCAUUUCUAGCCAUCAGGAUGUGGAUGCGCAUUUCUUAAAAUUCUCACACAUGACAUUUUUCAGCCUGGAGACCCUGCAAAAAUAUAAGAAGCGCUAUCACACUGGUAGGGGAAGCAAACCUUCCCUCUGACUGGCAGCCAUGAUGAGCCCUGAGGCUGUCAGCAGCAGAGUCAGCCGAGUGACAAGACAAUCUUGCAGUGACACUCACCCUUGAAGGGAGAGGGGAUUUUGAUUGUGCUAUAUGCUAGUAUUCAAGAAUGAACAGUGAAAGAGGAAUUGUUAGCUGCUUAAUUAAGAGAGUUAUGAAGUACUGGCUUUGGAAAAAUCUGGUUUGCAUAAAACAAAAUAGAAUGAAAGCCAAAACCCAGUAUUGCUUACUUUGCCCCCUGUAAUAACAGAGCUCUGUUGAAACAAUCCCUUGGCAACACGAAGGUCAAAGGAGAAAAAGUAAGCAACUCAGGGGCAAGCUGUGACUCCUUUAGAGCAAAAAACGGGACAGCCCUCCGUUACCAAAUGCUAAUUUUGCGACAUGCGUUGUUCUUGCCCCAGUUCUGGCACCUUAUCGUUUUAUUAAGGACCUUGUUGUGUUUUUACCAACUUAUUACUUGAAAUGAUAAUGUAGCCUGUCUGUUUGCUGUUUCAAGACUGUGAUAUAUUUUCCUAGUGGUUUGGUUUUAAAAAUACAUAAGACUUAAUUUUUCUUCCA